AUUGGAAGACAGGUCAGCUCCAUGAAAUCAGAAGUUAGCUUGUAAUGGAAAUGGGCGUACGCCGAAAUUGGAAGUAAUUUUCUUAUGGGUUUCAGGCAAGCUCUACGGUUUGACGCCCUCCACAUGAGAACAAAAUGUUUUAUUACUGGUUUUAUGAUUUAUUGUUGUUGUUGUGGAGCAUGUAAUUCGCCCCAACCCGGUGCUUUUUCACUUAAAUCUAAGGGGUAACCCCCGCUAACUCCGCCUGCGUGAAACCCAAGGAGUACCCUCGAAAUAAUAUCGAGUGCAACCCGGGAAGCAGGCUUGUGUUUACUUCGUGUAGUCUACAGUCAGCUGACAGAAAUGGCAGACGAGUCUCUGUUUGACUUUCUCCAUAUGGAGAUCGUGUCACAUAUUUACAAGGAGCAGCAAUCCAGUAAAGGAGAGAUGGACAACAAGGACAGAGCUGUCUGCGUUUCUGUCCUUGAAAGCAUGGGCUUCAGAGUGGGACAAGGACUCAUUGAGAGGUUGACCAGGGACUCCCCUAGCUUCAAGGAUGAGUUAGAUGUAAUGAAGUUUGUCUGUAAAGACUUCUGGACGAAGGUGUUCAGGAGGCAGGUUGACAACCUCAGAACAAACCAUCAGGGUACCUAUGUCCUGCAAGACAACAAGUUUUCUCUGCUGACUCAGCUCUCUAGUGGAAAACAGUACCUGGAUCAGGCUCCUAAGUACCUCGCUUUUUCAUGUGGCGUGGUGAGAGGAGCUCUGUCUAACCUUGGUAUGGACAGUGUGGUGACAGCCGAGGUCUCUGUUAUGCCAUCUUGUAAGUUCCAAGUGGUGGUCCAGAAGUUGUGACGUGAUCCUCUCGGCUACCCUGGAGCUGAUGAACGGGGCCAUGUGGGGUUCAGUUAAUCCUUGAGAGAAGAAACUAGGAAGGAAAUCAGACACCACCCUGAUAUCCACAACUAGGUCAAACACGACUAGCCAGGUUCUGCUGAUAUCCGUGACGGGGCAAAAAGGCUUAGCCAGGGCUAACCUCUACUGGUCUUACUCUGACACAGAACACGAUUUGUUUUAUUUCUUUUGCAUUUUGAUGAGUUUAUUUCCUAUUUGAGUAAAACAAUGUGUGAUGUUCUCAACUUUAGUUUUCACUAAAUAAGUGACGGACCCCACUUGGCCAAGCCUUGAAAAGAAAUACUGACCGAGUGAUGUGAAUACAAUAAUGUGAAUGUAAAGUAAAUCACAAGGUCAUUUAAUAUUCGUUGUUAUGUGUUACAAUAUUUAGUGCCCAAAUUUGGGGGACAAAGUAGUAAAUACUGAGAAAAAAAUGAAAAAUAAGUUAGGAUAAGACAUCAACUGUCAUAUGUCUUAGCAUCCAUCCAAAUAAUAGCUAGUGAGCAUUUGAACAUUAUUUCAUCUGCUACAUUAGAUUCAUUAUUCAACACUUGCAGAUGCACAUAAUCUGUAACUAGUUCCUGGUGCUUUGCUCUGCCUUGUAGCAGAUUGCCUUUAGGAGCUGGGUGUUUCAUGCAUGCUGGUGGUCUUUUUACAUUUUUGUUCAUUUUAAGACAAAAUGCAAAUCUAGAAUAUUUCAUGGGUACAGGAAUUUUUAGUUUAAAAAUGAUGUUCUAUUUUUGGAUGUGAUAUUGGUUUCUGAGCAUCACUCUGUACUGAUCUCACAUUUCAGAGUUGACCACUCAAACAUUGUUUACAAAUUAUUCUUUUUUGUACCAAAAUGUAAAAACAAUGUGUUCUUUUGUACAGCAUUAAUAUGUGUAGUAUGGAGAUUUUAUUGGAUGCAUAUGUGAUUAAAUCGUGUCGUAUGGCUUUAAAAUAA